CAAGUAUUCAAACAGCAUAGGGUUAUGUUUAGGAUUACAUUAAUGAUAAAGCAUCUGUGCAGUUAACUGUGAAAUAUGAAAAAUAUGCACAAGCAAAGAGGUAUCUAACAGACCUGCUCAUCUUUAGAAGGAUAAAUGUGGACUGGCUGGUGUCAAGGAAUGUGCUGAGUAUUUCUUGUAUUGGAUUUUACACCAAUAAAAACUUUUUCAGUCCAAAAACUGAAUGAGCAUCAUGUCUAAUAAAGGAAAAAGAUCAGAAUGUUUCCUGGGAUUUGUUGCCACUCUGUUCAUUUAUAUGCAGGUGGUGAACUCACAAGGACUUCUUGAAUUUUCAGACAUGGUUUUGGAGUUUAGUGACACAGAUGGAUACAUAAGGGAUAAACGAGACGUGAACACGGAUGUACUAGAAUACGUUAUAAUCAUAGAGGUGAAUGUGUCACAAGCCAUUUAUUUGGAACAAAUCAAAUCAUUACUGAAGUCCAUCAGCUCUAUUGAAAUAGACAAUACCACAGACAUUGAUAGUGUGAAUGUUACGACAGUGUGCAGUUUGAAUGGUUCUGAAUAUCAGUGCAGGUGUGACGAUCAGUAUUUCUGGACAUGUGAAGAGUGUACACUAUAUGGGUCUUGUAAUAAUGUCACCACUUCCUCCUGUAACUGCAUCAAUGCUCUUCCAAAUGAUGGACACUUCUGCCAACCAUUCAAUGAGCUGAAUAACUCAUGUCCAGUGGGCACACCCCGAGAUGAUUAUCUGAUUGAGUUUGAGAUUGACACAGGAGAAACAUUCCUGAAUGAUCUAAGGAUCAUUUUGGAGACACACAGUUUACCCUUAAUAAAUAGUGACAUCAAUAUAAAUGACGUUAACAUAACUACAGUGUGCAGUUUGGCUGGUACUGAAUAUCAGUGCAGGUGUGAGGAUCAGUAUUUCUGGCCAUGUGAAAAAUGUACACUAUAUGGAUCUUGUAAUAACGUAACCAAUUCGUCGUGUGGCUGCAUCAACGCUUUACCAAAUGAUGGACACUUCUGCCAACCAAUCAAUGAGCUGAUGAAUAACGCUGCAUGCCCCACUGAGCCACUCCUAGCUGAUUAUCUGAUUGAGGUUGAGAUUGCUGCAGCAGACGUAAAUAUUCAGUACCUACUGAGGAACCUUUUGGAGAGAAGCAAUUUACCCUUAAUAAACAGUGACAUGAAUAUCACUGACAUUAACAUCACUACAGUGUGCAGUUUGACUGGUACUGAAUAUCAGUGCAGGUGUGAGGAUCAGUAUUUCUGGCCGUGUGAAAAAUGUACACUAUAUGGAUCUUGUAAUAACGUAACCAAUUCGUCGUGUGGCUGCAUCAACGCUUUACCAAAUAAUGGACACUUCUGCCAACCAAUCAAUGAGCUGAUGAAUACCACUGCAUGCCCCACUGAGCCACUCCCAGCUGAUUAUCUGAUUGAGGUUGAGAUUGCUGCAGCAGACGUAAAUAUUCAGUAUCUACUGAGGAACCUUUUGGAGAGAAGCAAUUUACCCUUAAUAAACAGUGACAUGAAUAUCACUGACAUUAAUAUCACUACAGUGUGCAGUUUGGCUGGUACUGAAUAUCAGUGCAGGUGUGAGGAUCAGUAUUUCUGGCCGUGUGAAAAAUGCACACUAUAUGGAUCUUGUAAUAACGUAACCAAUUCGUCGUGUGGAUGCAUCAACGCUUUACCAAAUGAUGGACACUUCUGCCAACCAAUCAAUGAGCUAAUGAAUAACGCUGCAUGCCCCACUGAGCCACUCCCAGCUGAUUAUCUGAUUGAGGUUGAGAUUGCUGCAGCAGACGUAAAUAUUCAGUAUCUACUGAGGAACCUUUUGGAGAGAAGCAAUUUACCCUUAAUAAACAGUGACAUCAAUAUCACUGACAUUAACAUCACUACAGUGUGCAGUUUGACUGGUACAGAAUAUCAGUGCAGGUGUGAGGAUCAGUAUUUCUGGCCGUGUGAAAAAUGUACACAAUAUGGAUCUUGUAAUAACGUAACCAAUUCGUCAUGUGGCUGCAUCAACGCUUUACCAAAUGAUGGACACUUCUGCCAACCAAUCAAUGAGCUGAUGAAUACCACUGCAUGCCCCACUAAGCCACUCCCAGCUGAUUAUCUGAUUGAAGUUGAGAUUGCUGCAGCAGACGUAAAUAUUCAGUACCUACUGAGGAACCUUUUGGAGAGAAGCAAUUUACCCUUAAUAAACAGUGACAUGAAUAUCACUGACAUUAACAUCACUACAGUGUUAAUGGAGUUAUUGUGCAGUUUGACUGGUACUGAAUAUCAGUGCAGGUGUGAGGAUCAGUAUUUCUGGCCGUGUGAAAAAUGCACACUAUAUGGAUCUUGUAAUAACGUAAUCAAUUCGUCGUGUAUCUGCAUCAACGCUUUACCAAAAGAUGGACACUUCUGCCAACCAAUCAAUGAGCUGAUGAAUACCACUGCAUGCCCCACUGAGCCACUUCUAGCUGAUUAUCUGAUUGAGGUUGAGAUUGCUGCAGCAGAUGUAAAUAUUCAGUACCUACUGAGGAACCUUUUGGAGAGAAGCAAUUUACCCUUAAUAAACAGUGACAUGAAUAUCACUGACAUUAACAUCACUACAGUGUGCAGUUUGACUGGUACUGAAUAUCAGUGCAGGUGUGAGGAUCAGUAUUUCUGGCCGUGUGAAAAAUGUACACAAUAUGGAUCUUGUAAUAACGUAACCAAUUUGUCAUGUGGCUGCAUCAACGCUUUACCAAAAGAUGGACACUUCUGCCAACCAAUCAAUGAGCUGAUGAAUAACGCUGCAUGCCCCACUGAGCCACUCCCAGCUGAUUAUCUGAUUGAGGUUGAGAUUGCUGCAGCAGACGUAAAUAUUCAGUACCUACUGAGGAACCUUUUGGAGAGAAGCAAUUUACCCUUAAUAAACAGUGACAUCAAUAUCACUGACAUUAACAUCACUACAGUGUGCAGUUUGACUGGUACUGAAUAUCAGUGCAGGUGUGAGGAUCAGUAUUUCUGGCCGUGUGAAAAAUGCACACUAUAUGGAUCUUGUAAUAACGUAACCAAUUCGUCAUGUGGCUGCAUCAACGCUUUACCAAAAGAUGGACACUUCUGCCAACCAAUUAAUGAGCUGAUGAAUACCACUGCAUGCCCCACUGAGCCACUCCCAGCUGAUUAUCUGAUUGAGGUUGAGAUUGCUGCAGCAGACGUAAAUAUUCAGUAUCUACUGAGGAACCUUUUGGAGAGAAGCAAUUUACCCUUAAUAAACAGUGACAUCAAUAUCACUGACAUUAACAUCACUACAGUGUGCAGUUUGACUGGUACUGAAUAUCAGUGCAGGUGUGAGGAUCAGUAUUUCUGGCCGUGUGAAAAAUGCACACUAUAUGGAUCUUGUAAUAACGUAACCAAUUCGUCAUGUGGCUGCAUCAACGCUUUACCAAAUGAUGGACACUUCUGCCAACCAAUCAAUGAGCUGAUGAAUACCACUACAUGCCCCACUGAGCCACUUCUAGCUGAUUAUCUGAUUGAGGUUGAGAUUGCUGCAGCAGAUGUAAAUAUUCAGUAUCUACUGAGGAACCUUUUGGAGAGAAGUAAUUUACCCUUAAUAAACAGUGACAUGAAUAUCACUGACAUUAACAUCACUACAGUGUGCAGUUUGACUGGUACUGAAUAUCAGUGCAGGUGUGAGGAUCAGUAUUUCUGGCCGUGUGAAAAAUGCACACUAUAUGGAUCUUGUAAUAACGUAACCAAUUCGUCAUGUGGCUGCAUCAACGCUUUACCAAAAGAUGGACACUUCUGCCAACCAAUCAAUGAGCUGCUGAAUACCACUGCAUGCCCCACUGAGCCACUCCCAGUUCUCCAAGCUGAUUAUCUGAUUGAGGUUGAGAUUGCGGCAGCAGACGUAAAUAUUCAGUAUCUACUGAGGAACCUUUUGGAGAGAAGCAAUUUACCCUUAAUAAACAGUGACAUGAAUAUCACUGACAUUAACAUCACUACAGUGUGCAGUUUGACUGGUACUGAAUAUCAGUGCAGGUGUGAGGAUCAGUAUUUCUGGCCGUGUGAAAAAUGCACACUAUAUGGAUCUUGUAAUAACAUAACCAAUUCGUCAUGUGGCUGCAUCAACGCUUUACCAAAUGAUGGACACUUCUGCCAACCAAUCAAUGAGCUGAUGAAUAAUGCUGCAUGCCCCACUGAGCCACUCCCAGCUGAUUAUCUGAUUGAGGUUGAGAUUGCUGCAGCAGACGUAAAUAUUCAGUACCUACUGAGGAACCUUUUGGAGAGAAGCAAUUUACCCUUAAUAAACAGUGACAUGAAUAUCACUGACAUUAACAUCACUACAGUGUGCAGUUUGACUGGUACUGAAUAUCAGUGCAGGUGUGAGGAUCAAUAUUUCUGGCCAUGUGAAAAAUGUACACUAUAUGGAUCUUGUAAUAACGUAAUCAAUUCGUCGUGUAUCUGCAUCAACACUUUACCAAAAGAUGGACACUUCUGCCAACCAAUCAAUGAGCUAAUGAAUACCACUGCAUGCCCCACUGAGCCACUCCCAGCUGAUUAUAUGAUUGAGUUUGAGAUUGAUGCAGAAGACAUAAUGGUCCAGAAUCUAUUGAGGAGCCUUUUGGGGACAAACAGUUUACCCUUAAUAAACAGUGAUAUCAGUAUCACUGACAUUACCAUCACUACAGUGUGCAGUUUGGCUGGUACUGAAUAUCAGUGCAGGUGUGAGGAUCAGUAUUUCUGGCCGUGUGAAAAAUGUACACUAUAUGGAUCUUGUAAUAACGUAACCAAUUCGUCGUGUGGAUGCAUCAACGCUUUACCAAAUGAUGGACACUUCUGCCAACCAAUCAAUGAGCUGAUAAAUAACGCUGCAUGCCUCACUAAGCCACUUCCAGCUGAUUAUAUGAUUGAGUUUGAGAUUGAUGCAGUAGACAUAAUGGUCCAGAAUCUGUUGAGGAGCCUUUCGGGGACAAACAGUUUAUUCUUAAUAAACAGUGACAUCAGUAUCACUGACAUUAACAUCACUACAGUGUGCAGUUUGAUUGGUGCUACAUAUCAUUGCAGUUGUGAGAAUCAGUAUUUCUGGCCGUGUGAAAAAUGCACAUUAUAUGGAUCUUGUAAUAACGACACAGAAUCCUCAUGUAGCUGCAUUAAUGCUUUUCCAAAUGAUGGACAAUUCUGCCAACCAAUCAAUGAGCUGAUAAAUAACCAUACAUGUUCAGCUACAACCACCACAGCAUCCACACCUACCUCAGCAUCCACACCUACCUCAGCAUCCACACCCACCUCAGCAUCCACACCGACCUCAGCAUCCACACCGACCUCAGCAUCCACACCCACCUCAGCAUCCACACCCACCUCAGCAUCCACACCUACCUCAGCAUCCACACCCACCUCAGCAUCCACACCUACCUCAGCAUCCACACCCACCUCAGCAUCCACACCGACUUCUAUAACAACUAUAACCACCACCGUCUCAGCAUCCACUUCAGUUACUACAAUUCAAACCAACGUUCCCAUAAUCACCACAACUCCAACCAUCCAUAUAUUAACUUUCUCAAUGGUAAUAAAUGAAAAUUUUGACCUUUUACUCACUGACACAUCCAGUACAAAAUACAAAACAUAUAAAACAACAAUCGAGAAUUCAAUUAAUAAAAGUUACAGUACUGUACCUGGCCAUCAGGCCAACUCGGCAACAGUGACUAACUUCAGGCCUGGCAGUGUGAUUACAGACUUUACUAUUAAAGCAACAAGUACCAGCCUUGACUUGGUAUCAGCAAACCAAAACCUUGCUAGCAGUCUCCGUUCUCAGGGAUUUAAUGUGAGCGAUAAUGCGUUCAGUCAAAGUGUGAAAGAUGGACUAUAUCAAAGUAAUGGCAUUAUCUAUCCUGGGACAAAUCUCAAUCUCUCCUGCAAUCCACCUGUGCUUAAUGGUAUACAAUGGACCCUGAAUGGGGCUCCAUUAAGCGAAUCAAGUAAUAUCCUUCUACUGAACAAUGCCACUUCAAGUAACAGUGGUCAAUAUGCCUGCAGUACAACAGUAAACUCUCUGCCCUAUGUUAUCUGGCAAACCAUCACAAUUCAGCCGUACCCUAAUAUCGAAGUGAGCACUGACAAAACUUUACAAUGUAAGACUGAUACAAUUCCACUGAAGUGUUGUGUUCAGUUGAUGUAUCAACUGGAAUGGGGCACAGCAUGCAGCUCACCUUCAACAGACCCAACAACAGGCUGCAUAUUCUGUAACUAUCCAGUUAACCAAAAGCAGUGUGAGACUAAUGGCCAAAACAUACAGGUCUCAUGCCAACUCAAAACUCCCAUCAGUGGAAUUACAAAUCCAUCUUACAACUCAAAAAGCAUUACACUAAAUAUAAUAAACAAAAAAUUUUACUGCUCUGAUUCUGUAUUUGGAGCUGGAAAUCUGGGAGACACACACAACGGAGACUGUGGUGAAAACAUGGUUGGCUAUCAAGUAGCUCAGUGUAAUACAUCAAACCUCUGGAACAUCAUAGAAGACCACUGUGUCCUGCUUAUUUUUGUUUUGUUAAAAGAAGAAUCUAAGACUGUACCCUUGGAAAACAUCCCACAGUUUAUGUUCAACAUCAGCAGUAAUGUUACAUCAGAGAUUAAAAACAUUGUUAAAUCUCCAGAUACCAUAUUAACACUUGUAGAAACACUGACAACCAUUUCCAGUCGCUGUCAAGCAAUUUCAAUCAAUCAACCAGUUAUGACAGAUUUCCUAAAAAUAACUGAUGUCAUUGGAUCAGAAGGUGCACAAAAUUCAUGGGUGAUUUUAAACAAGAACAAUACAACAAUGAAUGCCAGUUCUGUACUUCUGAACUCCAUUGAAAGCAUUGCACGCAGACUUUUGGAUGACAACACCACGAUAACAACAAACUUGUCUUCUUUUAAUAAACUGACAUUUUCUUCCGUUACAACCUCCUUUUCUGGAACAUUUGGAAAAAAUUCAACUACCCAAAUAAAUAUUCCCAUGACUAAGGCCAGUAUGUCCCUCACAGUCAUAAUAUCUUUGGCUUUUAACAACAUCUUACCUGUUCGAAAUCUGACCUACAAUAACAGCAGUCAGAAUGACACCAAGAUCAAUGGAGACGUAGCUGUGAUUGAGACAAACUCAACAAUUAACAACAUCUCUCUCUCUUUUGAUGUCAUAAAUACUACAUUGGGAAAACCUCAGUGUGUCUUCUGGAACUUUAAUCUUCUGAAUGGUGUUGGUGGAUGGGACUCAACUGGAUGUCAGUUAAAGCUAUUUGGGAAUGAAACUAAAAGAUACACAUGUGAGUGCAAUCACACAACUUCUUUUUCAAUCCUGAUGUCACCAUUUACGCUGGAUGAAGUCCAAGCCCUAAUCUUAGACUAUAUAACCUACAUCGGUGUUGGCAUUUCAAUGGGCAGCUUGGUUUUGUGUCUCAUCAUUGAAAUCAUCAUAUGGAAAUCAGUGACACGAAAUGACACAUCCUACAUGCGUCAUGUCUCCAUAGUCAACAUCGCUGUCUCACUUUUGAUUGCAAACAUUUGCUUCAUCAUUGGAGCAGCUGUUGUUAAACAAGAGGGUCCCUGUAGUACAGCAACAUUCUUCAUGCACUUCUUUUAUCUUGCCCUUUUCUUCUGGAUGUUGCUGUCAGCACUUUUGCUCCUCUACCGCACCCUCAUGGUCUUUUCCAGAAUGACCAGAGGAGCAAUGAUGGCCAUAGGCUUCACUGUCGGCUAUGGAGCCCCGUUAAUUAUAGCUGUCGUUACUGUGGCAUCUACAGCUGGAGGCAAAGGAUACAUUCAACAAGGUUACAAUUGUUGGCUGAACUGGAAUAAAACAAAGGCUCUCCUGGCAUUUGUGAUUCCCGCUCUGACGAUUGUAGCUAUAAACCUCCUGGUGCUUAUUGUGGUUCUGUGUAAGAUGUUGAGGAGAGGAGUUAAUGCUUCCACUCAGCCAGAUGAGAAACAUCCCCUAGUUGUCAUUGCUAGAUGUGUGGCGAUUUUAACACCUCUCUUUGGUCUAACGUGGGGAUUCGGCAUUGGGACCUUGGUGUCAGGGAACUUUGGAAUUCAUGUCGUGUUUGCAUUCUUUAAUUCACUGCAGGGUUUCUUUAUUUUGGUAUUUGGAACAUUACUGGAUAGUAAGGUCCGAGAAGCAUUGGCAGGAAAGUUUUUACUGAGGAGCUUAAGUUCUGGCCAGACUAGGAGUACGACUGCAGGACCAUCAUCCUCAAGUGGAUUUCCUUUAUUUCAAAGACUACGGCAGAGAAAUGUUUAUAAUAUAUCGAGUGGCAGCAAUAUGUCUUCAAGCAACUCAGAUACAGCUAAUUGACACCUAAACUAAACACCCAUGUUAUAAGGAUCUGUUUAACUGCAAACAUCAAACACAAUACAGUAGUCUGGACUUCUGCCUCAAAUACGUCUAGUGCUUCUUAUUUCUAUUUCUGAAAUGUAUUCUGCUUUGACUUUCUUCAUCAGCUAGGUACAAAUAUAGUUCCAUAGUUUUAACACCCACAAGGAUACACAGAAAACUUCAAAACAUACAGUUUUUUCACGUCAAAAGUCUUCUUUGUAAACUUCAUUAUUUGAUUUUUUUUAACCCCAAAAAAUGAUCAGAUAUUUUCUCUCUUAUUCCCAAAAAUACUGUAUAUGCUCUAUUUCCACUGUUGCUCUACAAAAUGCUUUGUCGUUAUUUCAUAUCUUAUGUACCUUAUAUUGACUGACAUUUACCUUGAUUAAUCACAUACUACUAUUAUACUAAUUUACUAAAAUUUUGCAUUUUAGCAAUAAUGCAAUUUUGGGGUAAAACAAACAGGCUGGUCUUAAACAGAUAUGUGCAAUUUGUUAAUGGUUAAAUUAAUUUUAAGAGUCAAAGGGAAACAACUGUUGCUGCUGAAAAAGUGUAAUUAAAGUCAAUUGCCAUCAUUAUAUCAUCCUUUAUACACAAUUUGUUUUACUACAUACUGUCACAGCCACCUCUAGGGAUCCUCCAUCGUCUCACCUGGAAUUCUACAACCCAAGCAUAAUUUUUUUGUUUUAGCUUUUGUGUCUUGGAUUGCAUUUUGGUUGUAUGCCUUUCUCCUUAAUUGGACUUUGUCUGUUUAAUAACCUGUCAAUUUUGGAUGUAGAGCUGUAUUGAUGUAAGAUUUAAAUAAAUACUUCUCAACAAAUGAA